UCCACCAUCCUGUGGCACUAGGCAUUCCCACGUCACAACAAGCAACUUCUUUCCUGACCUCCCAUCCCACUCCCUCCCUCACCACAAGCAGACACGAACUGCAAGCUCCGGCUAAAAAUGGGCACCACAGCUGCAGCAGUGAGCCCCCGGUUCUCCGCCACCAAAUCCCACCGGCACCAAAUUCUCUCCGCCUCUGUUCUCCAAUCCCCCAUCACUCGGCUUCCUCUAUCGGCGGCUCUCCGCCACUUCACUGAUCAGCUUUCAGUUGCUGGCAUUCAAAAAAGAAGAAACCUUCAGAAAAUUACGGCUGCUGUGGAGCAAGAGGAGGUGGAAGCUGAGACGGAGGGACCUCAGUCGCCGCAGCAGAAUGCCAAGCUUUCCGUUGGGAAUCUUCCCUAUGAUUGUGACAGGGAGCAGUUGGCCGGAGUUAUUCAAGAGAUUGCUAGUCCUGAGAUGAUUGAGGUGCUUUACGACAAAGAAAUAGGAAAGAGCAAAGGAAUUGCACUUGUUACCAUGAGUACCAUGCCUGAUUGUGAAUCAGUCAUCACCAAGCUUAAUGGAUUUCAAUACGAUGGUAGAGCACUAAGGGUUAAAUACUAUGAUAAAGCAAAGCCUAGAACACCUCUAUACCUUGAGAGCAAGUUCAAGCUCUUCGUAGGCAAUCUCUCAUGGUCAGUAACCUCUGAGGCUCUAAAGCAGGUGUUUAAGGACUACGGUAACUUGGUCAGUGCUCGUGUUAUUUAUGAUGGCGAGACUGGUCGAUCUCGUGGCUUCGGCUUUGUUUGCUUCUCCACCAAGGAAGAGAUGGAUGCUGCCAUGGAUUCCCUCAAUGGACUGGAGUUGGAAGGAAGGGCUUUGAGGAUAAGCUUAGCAUUGGGGAAGAAGAUUUAAUUCAUUUUGUGUUAUCUGCAUCAGCAAGCUGGAUUUUAUAGAAGGAUAAAAAAAGUUCAAAGAUGAUAAACUAGGUUUUGCAAUUAAGUUGGCUGGUUUGUGCACUGAUUGAAAUUUGGCUGGGCAAACAAGUCAAAUUUGAAUAUGCACUGUACAAAAUCAGAAACUAGGUCAUAUAAAAUAUAUUGAGAUAAAUAAUUCUUCUAGAAUUUAAGGCUGAAGAAAUAAAGUUUUUUUUU